AUGUUGGGUCGCUCCAGUAUAGUAGGAAGACGAGCCCUAAGUGUCACUACCUCGUUGAGGAACAAAGAAGUGUUCAUUAUUGGAGCUGCCCGUACACCAAUUGGGUCUUUCCGGUCGCAGACUCACAAGUUGUCUUACCAUCGUCACUACCCGUCAAUAAAGUCUGCUCGUACAGAGUCUCAAGUCCAUCCAUGGUUGCUGCGCAGCCCAAAUGAGACGGCCAGCAAACGUGAGAGGAUGGAAUAUGAAAGAAUGGUCUCACAAGACGCUUACGAUUUAUGUCCAUAUGGGAAACUGUGGAAGAGAAAAAACUGCGCGAAAGAAUUAGAAAUCUCUUUAGAGAUUGCGCAGGAGGCUCAGUAUGCCAUUGGAAGUUACAAGAAAUCUGCAGCGCCUGCUUCAUUUCAACAGGGCGGAAUCAUGUCAGCUGAGGUAGUGCCUGUAACUGUGAAGAGUCGCAAAGGAGAUGUCAUUGUAGACUCAGAUGAAGAGUAUAAAAAGGUCGAUUUUGAUAAGCUGAAGAAGCUAAAAACUGUCUUCAAGAAAGAUGGAACAGUUACUGCUGGCAAUGCAUCUACCUUGAAUGACGGUGCCGCUGCAGUGCUUUUGGCAAGUUCCGAGGCAGUCAAGGAGCACGGAUGCAAACCUCAAGCCAAGAUAGUUGCGUUUGCUGACGCAGCGACGAAUCCACUCGACUUUGCCCUUGCACCUCCUAUGGUUGUGAUCAAGUUGCUUCAAAGCAGUGGUUUGAAGAUGACCGAAAUCGAUCAUUGGGAAGUGAACGAAGCGUUUUCUGUUGUGCCUUUGGCAUUCAUCAAACAAGUAGGGUGUGACGAGGAGAAGGUGAACCCGCAUGGAGGAGCAGUUUCAAUCGGUCAUCCCAUCGGAAUGUCCGGCGCUCGCCUUAUCACACAUCUCGUGCAUGUGUUGAAACCAGAGAAGCUUGAUUUGGUCGUUAUGUCGGACGAUACGGUAGUGAUACUCGCAGGAGUUCGAACUCCUAUUGCGUCGUUUCGCGGUUCUUUCGCCUCGCUUAGUGCGGUUGAGCUCGCUGCCACAGCAGGUCGAACCGCAGUAGAAAGAUCAGGUCUCACUCCGAAUGAUAUCGAAGAAACCUUCGUUGGGUCUGUUCUAACGGCUAACUGUGGACAGAAUGUCGCUCGACAAGUUGCUAUUGCUAUCGGAAUUCCCAAAACCUCUCAAGCAGUGACUAUCAACAAAGUCUGCUCGUCGUCUAUGAAAGCUUUAGCACUAGGCGUCCUGUCGAUUAAGAGUGGAUAUCGCAAGAAAGUACUCGUUGCCGGUUGUGAAAAUAUGAGCCAGGUUCCCUUCUAUUUACCACGAGGAGAAAUACCAUAUGGAGGAAUCAACAUUGUGGUAGUUCAGGAUGGUAUUGCAAAGGAUGGGUUACAAGAUUCCAUGCUGCAUUCUCCUAUGGGUCUUUGUGCGGAGAAGUCAGUGAAGAAGGGACUUUUUGCCGAGGAGGUGAUUCCUGUUUCGGUCAAGCCACCACGAGGAGCCACCUUUGUGGUGUCUGAAGAUGAAGAAUACAAGAAGCUAAUGGAGUCUAAGGUGCCGACUCUUAAACCAGUUUUCGUGAGCGAUGGCACAGGAACUAUCACAGCGGCUAAUGCUUCCUCUCUGAACGAUGGUGGAGUGGCCGCGGUGGUUGUUCGUGGUGACCAAAUCCCUGAAGGUGCUUCCCCUCUUGCGGUGGUAGUUUCCUUUGCGGAAGCUGGAGGAGAGCCCGUUGAUUUCACUAUCGCACCUGUGUUAGCUCUUCUGGAACAGACAAAUCUUUCUACCAACGACAUUGCGUUGUGGGAGGUCAAUGAAGCCUUCUCAGCAACAGUUCUGGCAUUCAUGAAGGAGCUCAAUUUGGAUCCAGCAUACGUGAACGUGAAAGGCGGUGCCGUUGCUUUGGGACAUCCAUUAGGGAUGUCUGGGCUGCGGAUCGUGCUGUCAUUGGCGUACUCGCUCUCAUCUGGAGAUUUGGGUAUUGCUGCCAUAUGUAACGGAGGAGGCGAAGCUAUGGCAAUGUUGAUAAGGAAGCUGUGA